UGAAAUGCCAGCGCGCCAUUUUAUCACUGACAGUUAUGUAGCGUUCACCUUUGGAAUCUCCGUUUUGAAUAUCGAACACGAUUAUUUGAUUUUUAAUAUAUAUUUUUUUAUUUUAUUUUUUCAUUUCUCACCAUGAAGGAUAUUGGACAUAGAAACUUUUUCAUCAUUUUAGUUGCUCUCAUUGUGUGUUCCGUAAAUUGUUCAGAGGAAGAAAACAAAAUUAUCGAAGCGCGAGGCAAAACGAAAUACGCUCUACUCACCAAUUUGGCGAUAUUAUUUGCGGUGAAAGUCGGACUUUACAAGAUAUUCCUCGGGAUUGCAUUGGUCAUCGUCAGUAUAAAGACUCUGGUAGUGAUGGCGUGGGCAUUAGCCAUCUCUAAAUAUGUCCCUGAUGCAUGGCCACAUUAUAAAAAUACUGAUUUCGUUCAUUCCUAUUACGGAGACUUUAAUAACUUUGCACAGAAGCCUGAGUUACCUUAUAAUGAGAUUCACUUCUUCUACGUCGCCGCUGCAAAAUUCUUCAUCCUGAAGAUAGUUUACGGAAUAAUAUUCUUCGCGCUUCUAUCAAAAGGAUGGCAUUUCGUAUUAUGGUUCAUACAUCAUUUAAAACAAAAGAAAGAACACGUUGAGUACAUUCAACCGGAGCCGAUCCAUCACGGUUAUCACGGAUACGAGCAUCAUGAAAUCGAGCAGCACGGAUACGAGGAACCGUAUCAUGGAUAUGACCAACCGUAUCACGGAUACGACCAACCCUAUCACGGUUAUGGCAAACCAACGUACGGCGAGUACGAGACGGAAGAUAACAAACGUAUUUAUGAUGCAGACGGCUCAUAUUCAAUAAAAUCUUACAAGAGAACCUGAAAAGUGUAUUAUGUUAGCAAUAUUAUGAAGAGUUUUAAGGACAAACUUGAAAGUCAUCUGUUUUAUAUCGUGUAACUUAAUCUCAAUUAUUUAUUUUUUAUCUAAAUAUAUUUACUUAAAAAUUUAUAGUUAUUUAAGUAGAUAAAUAAAUUGUAAUGACAAUAAAUAGAUUAAUUAUUAGACAAGAUGUAAUUUAAGACGUGAGAACUUUGACCAUAUUAAGUAGCAUACAAUAAUGUGUAUUUUGUAAGUAGGUAAUUUAGUAAAUUAUUCGGUAUUCAAAUCUAAUUUAUUAGUUAGAUUCCUUUUAAAGAACAUAAUUUGAGUGCCUCUCCGCAGAUCACAGCAAACAAUAAAAUUAUGUACUUAUAUUUUUUAAUACUUCUAAUACUUAUUUACAGUUAUUAUACGACUGCCCGAAAAAGAUGUGUAUUGCAUUAGGGUAACUCACAUAUAUGAGUUUAUUUAUUCCACUAAAACUUUGCAAGACAUCAUCGGAUAUGAAUGAAAUAUAAGUUUAUGUAUACCUAUAUUUAUAAUAAAUAUUCAAUAAGGCGAAUGUAUGGUGCCAUUUAAGAAUAAGAAAAAUAGCUUUUCAAUUUUUUUUUUAAAUAAGAAAAAUAUUAUUUUCUUUUAUUAUAACAGUACGGGUCCCUAAUAUAAGGUUUUUUUUAACGUUACAAAAAUAUAAAUACUUGUAUACAUAGUCAACUGGUCGCUGAAAGGGAUAAAUAGAAUAUAAUUUAUUUAAAAAUCACAAACCACGACUGACAAAAUCGAAAUAAAAUAAAUGAGUCGUAUUAUAAGUUGGCUAAACAAAAUUGUCAUUGCAGUCUGUUUUUUGUGGAAUAUUUGUAAUCAAAGAGAUUAAUAAACUUUUAAAUAUCUGAAUACUGCAAAACCAUUUUAUUAUUUCAUUUCCUUGACAAAAACAUGAUGCAAAAAAAUAUUUCUCAUAUUAUUUCCGAACAUGACCCUAUCAUAAUAGACAUUCAAUAAAAAGAAACCUACUUUUAAAAGCAAUAAAUUUUUUAUUUGAUUGAACCUCUACGUUUUGACAGCGCUGUGAUCGUGUACCUAUUCGAACGUCG